UCUCACCGAUACUCAGUAGUGUUGAUCAGGGCCGCCAUCUACAACUUAACUCCACGGACCCUUUGAAAUUUAUUUAAUUUCAGCGCAGAAAAGACGCAACUCACAACUAUCAUCUCUUCAAAAUCUACUUGCUCAUUCCAAACUUCCCUUAACGCAGGAACACAUUUCUUAGCCCCCAGGUCUCAUUAAUUAAAACCACGCGGUUCUGGGCCGACCGAUCGAUCGAUCUAAAAAUCCUGACACGAUUUCGUGUCUAGUACCUUACCAUGGCUUUUCCUCCGAUAGCGAGGGCGACCUUGCAAGCUGCGCUGAUUAAUGCGGGUUCCAAUGUUCUCGCUCAGGCUAUUGGGGCUUAUAGAGAUGAGAGACCCUUUGAAUUAGACACUCAAGUCUUGUUUCAGUUCACUACUUGUGCCUUUGUUAUUUCACCCUUGACCUUCUUGUGGCUUGAGUGUCUCGAGGCGAAAUUCCCAGGCUAUGAUGAGAGCUCUGCUCCCAAGCCGAAGACGGAGAAGAAGGAGGCACACAAGCCUAAACUGAAUGUGACGAAUACUGUGGCAAAGAUUGUCAUCGAUCAGAUUAUUGGUGGUGCCUGGAACACGGUAGCCUUUAUCAUGACAAUGGGACUUUUGCGCGGUCAGAGCUGGGAUGCCAUUACGCUGCAAAUUCAGAAGGAUUUCUGGCCCAUCCUGAUCGCGGGAUUCAAGCUGUGGCCUAUUGUCUCUAUCUUGAACUUCACAGUUGUACCAACAGACAAACGGCUGCUUGUUGGCAGUCUGUUUGGUGUUAUCUGGGCCAUUUAUUUGAGUUUGAUGUCUGGUUGAUGUUGUAAUAGGUCGUCUGAGGAUUUCCCUGGAUUGCCAGGCUAGCUAGUCUAUGUUGGAAGAUAGAUUGGGCGCUGGGGACUUGGGACCUGCGGGUGGUGUUCACGUUCGUUUAGCAAUUAGCUUGACAUCAAAUCUCAGAAUUCGCAACGUGUGCUUCUUAGAGCACUAGUAUAUAAAAGUUGAGACAUUCAUUACUUGAUCCUUCCGCGUUGGGUAAGCUCGUCAGGGGGGCGACAGAGAACUGACAAGUGUACG